AUGGAAAAAAUGGAAAUUGUUAAAAAUGCACAUAAUGAUAAAUAACAGGAAAGUAGUAGAUACUAUUUUUUAAUAAUAACUACUUGCUAAAAAAAAUAUUUAAAAGGAAAUCAAACUUGCGCUUCUGAUGAAGAUAUAAAAAACUUUUUGAGUAAUUCAUCAACCACUAUUGAGAUUGAAGUUAAAUUAUAAUAAUUUAAUACAAGAAAUAAAGAAUUAUAUGAAGUAGAAAAACAAUUAUAAUUUGUUCUGCAAGAAAGUCUCACUCUCAAAGUAGAUUUAUUAUUUUAAAAUACAAAUACAAUAAUUGAUGAUCAUUUGGUAUUUUCUAAUUCUCAUCCUUUUACUUAUUUUUCUGAUUUUAGUGUUUUGACUUAAACAAUUACAAAAACUCAUUCUGCUUAAAUAAUUAAAGAUAAAGUUUUAGUUGAGAUUGCUUUCAAAGUUGAUCCUAUUGAAAUAAAGUAAUUAGUUACAUAUGUUAAAAUUGGAGAAAUGUUAGCUGAAGUUGGAUCUAUUGCUAGUUUAUUAUUGGCAGCUUCUUGGUUUAUUCAAUAAUUUAAUAGAGAAGAAAUGGAAAAUAAAAUAAUUGACGAAAUAAUUAGUUUUUAUUAUCCUUAGUUUCGAAAUCUUAAGAAAACUAAAAGUUGUAUGGGUAGAACAAUAGAAAUUAAACAUGAAAAAGAUUAAAUUAAUUAAGAAGAAUUUAAAAAGUGGUAUGAAAAGGUUAGGAAAAAUGUGCUACUAAAACUGUCAGUAGUCAACUAAUUGCAUGAAAUUUCAAGAUUAUAUUUUAUUAUGCGAUCUUAAACAACAUAUUAAUAAAUGUUGAAAUAUUAAAAUUAUGGUAUUUAAUUGCCGCAAAAGCUUUUUGAAAAACAUUGUGAUGAAAUUAAUAAUGAAUUACCUUCUAAAGAAAUGAAAAUGGAAGAGUAUGAUCUAGAAUCGUCAAAUAUGAUUACAAGUGUAUUAUGUGAUGAUGAUCUUAAUAUUCUUAAUUAUAAGAGAAUAAACAUUCCGGAUGGUUGA